CUGGAUGGGUUAUUAUACCUGACACGUAUAAAAACGGGCCGUCAUUUCGGUAAGAAGACACAGACGAGCUUCGUCAUCAGCACAUUGACGAGCUUCUUCCACCUUCCAUCGCAUCACCGUCGUCAUGGCAAAGGCAUCUUCCCUAUUGGCCGUCCUUUGCGGACUGGCCUCACUGAGCGCAUCGUUCGCCGACCCUUCCAUAUUGUACGGAGCUGUUCCAGCAGCCAAGUAUCCAGCUCCUGCCACUUAUCCAGCUCCUGCUACCACUUAUCCAGCUCCGGCUACGACUUAUCCAGCUCCGGCCGCUUACCCAGCACCAGCCAAAUAUGAGACUCCAGCUCCCACCACCACCACUCCAAAGUACGAAGCUCCUACCACCACGACCACUCAAAAAUACGAGGCUCCUACUACCACUACCAAGUACGAAGCUCCUACCACCACAGUUAAGUACGAAGCUCCUGCCAAAUACGAGAAGAAGGAAGAAUACCCGAUGAAAAAGGAAUACAAAAAGGAGGAAUAUCCAUCGCCGAUGAAGAUGCAAUACGGCGGCAAGAAGUACAAACGUUCCAGCAUCGAAGAGGAUGCUGAAGAAGCCAAGACGGACAAAGUUGCCGAGGAUUCCGAGAAGAUGGAAGAUCCAGUCGGGAAAUUUCCGCGCAAAGUUGUCCAGACCGUAAGAGACGCCGUCAUCCAGGAUCUCAUGUCUAUGAUGGACGACGACCUGGACCUUGAGGAGUUGAAUAAUUUCGCCAACGAUGGAGAAGAGGAAACUGACGAACAAAUAAUGAACGAAGACGAAGAAGAGACCCCGGAAAUGGACACCAUGGACGAUGGUAUGGACAGCGCUCAAGCCGAUCCUAGGAUGAUGAAAAACUUCCGCUUUCUACUCCGCAAGCGCAUCCAGACAAAAAUGAUGUGUCGUCGUUAUCCUGGCAUAUGCGCCGGACGUCGUCGCCCGUUGGUGAGCCGUCCAAGGCCCAUCAAACGUCGUCCGUUAGUGUCCAUCAGGCCGACCUUCCGUCCGACAAUCAUGAGAUUUCCAUGCGUCAGCUGCGGCUGGUGCGGCGGCAAGUGUUUUUGGAUUCGCAUUUGUUGCUGAUUUAUUCCAACUCCGUAGCCUAUACCUGAAUGGCUCAAACUCUUUCACCGACCGCAUUUCCCCCCCCCCCCCCACAUAAUUUUAUUUGCUCUUCUCUUCUUUUAAUUCUAUAAUUGAAUGUCGUUGGUUUGUUGAUGUGAUUGCGAUCUGGAUUUUUGUUAACUACAAAUCGGGCUGAUUCAUUUAAAUAAAUUAAGUUUCUCUGCA